GUGAAAUUAAUUCGACGCACAUCUGAAGCAAUGCAAUGACGUUUAAAUACAACUGUCAUAUAAGAAAAAGUAGCGUUUCUAAAAUGUGCGCUGUUUUCUAAAAUUACUCAAUAACUUGAAUAAAUUAAUAUAAAUUUUAAACAACUUUAGUAAUAUAAGUAUUUGGAAGUAGACCUGAUAUCAAAAUGGAUGGGAAUAGUUCGUUAGAGAGACGAUACAGCUUUAACAUGGCUCAAGCGAAUCCUGUUGCUGAAUCUACACAUCUUAAUGGAAGCAGUUUUUCUUGGGGUUCUUCUAUGAGUCCAAAGCAUCGAAGUAAUUCAAGCAUUUGUUUAAAUAAUACACACACACCUUCGGCCUUUAAUAACAAAUCUAUUGUCAGUCCAAAAUCUAAAAAUAUUACGAAAAUUGAUGCAAGAAUAGCAGCCGAUGUUCAAAGCAAAGGUUUGGCGUCACGCAUUGUUAAAUACCAUGAGAGUGGAACUAGAUUAAAUCGCAGUAUGUCAGCACAUAAUCUAUACAGUAAACCAGGACAGUUUCCAGCCGUUACCCUUAAGAAAACUGAUCUACCAUAUAGAGCUACUAAACAAGAAUUGUCAAUGAUACGAAUAGCUCCACCAGAGAAAUCAUCGUUUUUGGGAAACACGAUUUCUAGUCUUUUAAGAUCUAGUUCUGUCGUGGGUUUACAACAAUCUAAACGAAAUGAAGAUUUAUCCCGAGAGAAUCGGCCUAUAAUUCACCCACCUCCUACAGAGAAUGAUAUGGCUCCAACACGUAGUGUUUUAGAUGUUCUGAAAGAGAUAUCUCGUAAACGUAUUAACAGUGAUGAUUUAGAAGUGGAUGAAACCUCAAAAAAAUAUUGCAAUCGUGCAGGAAAUGACUCUGUUGAUACUGGAAACAAUAUGACAUCAACAAAUCCACAAUAUUUUUCAACGUCAUCGGUAUCUUGCCAACGAUACAAAAGACAACGGGAUUGUAUAACGUCACAUCAUAGUGUACAAAUACAAGAAACCAGAACUUCACCGGAACAAGCCAAGAAACGCGUAUGUAAUUACAAUAAUGACAUUACAAGUUCACUUAGUUCAAGCAUAAAAUGCAAAGCAUAUGGAAAUACCAAAAGAGUUUCAGCAUCGACUAAUUUUAAUCAAACAAUGCCAUCAAAUUUAGAAUCAUAUGAAAUGCAGAAAGCAAAAGUGCAACGAUAUCACGAUUAUAAUAAGACGAAUAACACACAAGUUGACGUGAGAUUUGAUAAUCUCGAAAAUACUUUAAGAAAGGUGGAUAACACUAUAAACCCCAUCACUCCUAUUCCAGCAACUCCUUGUGGUCAGGAUCAGAAUAAUACUGGAGGGGUUCCUCCUAUGCGGACCGUAUCUGAGCCAGCUUAUAAUCCAGAUCGGACGAAUAAAAUGAAUUUAAUACAGCCAGCUAACAAACCUCGCUUAACAUUGUUUAACAAGAAGUAUGACGACGAUGAAAGCAAAGUAACAAACGAAUCAGGCACAUCUGUAGACGAAAACACUGACGAUUUAAAUGAAUUUGGCGAAUGCGCGGGGAUUCCAUUUGUUAAGCCUAAGAAGUUAUCAUCAAUUAGUGGCUUAAGAAAUCCUGUAAUAGAACGAACACAAAAAUCAAAAUUGGCUUUGAUGUUGAGUGGAUUAAGAGGAGAACUUUAUCAGAACUCCGACGAUGAUGAAUUGGAUUCGGCAAAGGAAAAAUUGAAUAUACCAGAGAACAACAAAGUAGACUCUAAUUCCGGUGCAGUAACAUCAGCAUUAAAAUCUACUAGCACAGUAACCACUUUAACUACAGUCACUUCAACCUCUAACGAGGGAGUGAUAAACACAUCUAGUUCAUUCAACUUUUCUACGAAUACAAAAUCAUCGUCUCCUUUAGUUGGACUGAAAUUAUCCCAGUCAAAGGUGUCAUCGGCAACUGUUAAUAAUACAUUGAGUAUUGACUCUACUAAAAAGUUGGAAACCAACCCAAAACAAAAUAUACCCGUUUUAGGUGGUUUCUCUUUCAGCACUACAAAUACAAGUUCUACACCAGUUGUUGACGCUGUUGCAUCAAAUAGUACUCUAAAAGAGCCUAAAGCUUCAGAAGCAACAAUAUCAUCUAUUUCAGCAAAUAAUAGUAAUGCUUUUAACUUUGGCCAAUCAACUCAGUUGCCGACAAAGCUUUCGUCUUCUCCGGUUAGUAAUAACACAGAUAAAUUAUCAGCAAAUUUACAAACUUCGACAAAAGAUAACUUGACACAAUUUCCUACUGUCAGUGCUGCAUUCACAUUAGCCACUACAAAAACAAGUACAUCAUCAACAGUGCCAAGCUCUAUGUCAGCUACAAGUGCUUUCAGUUUCAAUACAAAUGUAACAGCACCAACAUCUACGAUUAGUACAUCAACUCCAGCUGUGACUACAACCUCUUUUACAAGCACUGUUAAGCCAAAUAAUGGUUUUAGUUUUUCUGUCCCUUCUACUACAUCUCAGCCCGUCACUAGUGCUUCAGUUGCUCCAAUAAUGUUUGGUACAUCAACGUCUUCAGCGGCCUCAGUCAACAGUACUACCAAUACUAGUGUCAUAACAACCACAACAACUAGUGUACCAACUUUUGGCGCAGUUGCUACAUCUACAAAUCUAGGUGGUUUAACGAGCACAACAUCUUUCGCAUUUAAUACACCGAAGCAAUCAUCAACAAUACAACCUACAAAUGUUUCUUCAAGUAGUGGUGCGGUCCCCGCCCCGACUUUUAAUUUUGGUUCAAGUGUUAAUUCUGCGUCUCUUCCUACGUUUGGAACAAAUGCGAAUGCAGUAAUUAAACCUCAACCAAGUAGCUCUGGAUUUUCGUUUGGUUCUGAACCCAAAAAUCAGAAUUCGUCAUCAGGUGCACAAAAUAACCCUGCAGACACUUCCAAGCAGCCAGACAAUAAUGCCUUUAAUUCGAGCUCAUCAACGAUAUUUGGAUCAACAGGAUUUAAUGCACCAUCAGGUGGUACUACUCCUAUAUUUGGUAAUGCCACUAAUAGUUCAGAGAAAAAUGUCUUCAAUUCUUCUAAUGCUACAUCAAUAUUUGGUUCGAGUUCAGUUAAAGGAGCUACCCAGACAUUUGGCUCAAAUGUGGAUAAUAAAUCAGCGGCAUUAGUAACUCCAUCGGUAUUUGGUGGUAGUACUACCAACAACAGUACAUCAACUCCAUUUAGUUUUGGCUCAAAGCCGGCAAUAGCACAAAAUACUAAUUCUAAUAACACCAAUGGCGCUGCUGGAGGAUUCUCUUUCAGUUCAACAGUUUCGAAUAGUUCGGAAGGUGGAUCUUUUGGAUUUGGUAGUAAAACAGAUGGGUCAACAAAUACUUCUAGCAACACUUUUGGUGGCGCACCCACAUCGGCACAAAACAAAAACUUUACAUUCAGUGGCGCUGCAAGCAGCAAACCAAGCAAUCCCCCGAGUGUAUUUGGUGGAGCUGUGAAUAAACCAACUGAAAACACGGCAUCUCCUGGUGGGUUUUCAUUUGGUUCAGCAUUGGCCCCUAAAACUCCCACAUUUAGCUUUGGAGCAAGCAGUAAUUCAUUUUCUGGGAGCAAUGCUAAUAGCACAGACAACACUUCAUCAGGUUUUUCAUUUGGCGCGGCUGCAUCUAUAAAAACGAACGAAAUCUCAACUAAUAAACCAUUUUCCUUUGGAUCUCCACAACCUCCACAGCAACAACAAAUAAUGUCAGCGCAAAAUAAUUCAAAUGCCAAUCCUCCAAACAUUUUUGGUUCUAGUGUAGCUUCUAAAACAACACCAGUGCCUGCUUUUAGUUUCAAUUCUGGAAGUUCAACAAAUUUACAGCCUAAUGCUCCAGCGUCUAACAAUUUAUUUGCACCACCUCCAUCAACUAUUACAACAGGUCCUGGUGAUCGUCUAAUACGUCGAGCCACAAGACGUUUGCAAAAAUGACCCGCAGAUGUACUUUAAAUUAUGUUUUUUUUUUUCUUAUACAAAUAAUACAUAAAUUUAAAAAUAAAUUAAAAUCAUUUAAUAAUAA